UGUAGUCAUGCAGAAAAUGAAUUUCCCUUUGGAGAGACAUUUCAUUUUGACAAUUCAACAUAAAAAUAAAUUAACUGAUCAAUGGCCUUAUGUAAGUCUGACUCUCAGAUUCUCAAAUUGUCUCUAAAGUCACGCCAGUACUCAUCCCUGUCCUAUUACAUCUGAUUACACAAUCUGGUCUCAGAGCAUUUAGUAUAAUUCUGCACGUAAAUCCAUGACACUCCAUUUAGUAUAUGUUUAGUUUCGUAUGGUAUGCAUUCAUUUGUUGAUGUCCAUCACCUAUUUCGUAUGAUAUGUUACGAAUUACAAUUCUUAUUAUGUCACAAAUUUGCAAAAGGGACUAUGUUACAAAUGUGCAAAAUAUACAAUAUGUUAUGAAUUUGCUAAAAGUAUGUUAUCUUAUGAAUGCUAGCUAGGUGGCUAACGUUAGCUAGGUUAGGGGUAGGGUUAAGUUUAGGAGUUAGGUUAAAGGGUUAAGGUUAGGGAUAGGGUUAGCUAAAGGGGCUAUGGUUAGGGGCAUGGUUAGCUAACAUGCUAAGUAGUUGCAAAGUAGCUAAAAAGUAGUAAGUCGUUGAAAAGUUACUAAUUAGCUAAAAUGCUCAAGUUGUCCGUGAUGAGAUUCAAACUCAGAACCUUUGGGUUGCUAGACAUUUGCGUUAUACACGCACCCAUCCAUCCCAACUUAAGCAAUCAUCUGUCUUAUGUACCCAUACCAAACGUAACAUAUGAUACAAAUUUGUGUGCCCUGGAUUUACAUGUACUGUUACAUCUAGUCUAUGAGACCAGGCUGGAUUACAUAGAUCUAAUACUCAAGUACUGUUUGCUUACAAACAUUUGAACCAGUCUUCAACUUAAUAUCGCUCAUUCUUUGCAGAUGGCAUUGAAGCUGAAUACUCCGUGCUCCUCUAUGACGUCAUGGCUAACGUCUCUGCCCCCUCCUCUCCCUCUGUCCUCCAUCACCUCCCAGAGCUCAAUUUCUCCUCCUGCCCCUGUCCAUCCAUCCAGACCCUGAAUGCCACCACACUGCCACCCCUCAUAAACCCUCCCUCCUUUGGAUUGUCCUGUUUCACCAUGACCCUGGGUGGCCUCUCCAACCUAAGCGCCCUGGGCAUCCUGGCCAAGUCCUAUGUACGCUUCAGACAUCGGGCCAAAGCUCCGUUCCUGUUGUUAGUGGGGGCUCUACUGCUAACCGACCUGGCUGGUAAUUUGAUCCCUGGUGCCUUUGCCCUCCAUCUGCACCUGGGUCAGAGUCGGAGGCACAGGGUGGCUGCAGGAAUGCGUGACACCACCGAGCCUGCCGGGAUGUUCUGCCAACUGUUCGGUGCCAGCUUGGUGUUCUUCGGCCUGUGCCCUCUAUUACUGGGCAGUGCCAUGGCCGUGGAGCGUUGUAUGGGCAUUACCCAGCCCCUCCUCCACUCUGCCCUGAUCACGGUGGCCCACAUGCGUCUGGCUGUCCUCCUGCUGUACUCCCUAGCCCUGCUGCUGGCCGGGCUCCCCCUGGUGGACGUGGGUAGUUACACAACCCAAUUCCCUGGUACCUGGUGCUUUCUGACAGUCCACGGGCCGCUCUCCACGGCUGACGCCAGCCUGGCUCUUACCUUCUCUGGCCUGGGGCUCACGGCGCUCAGCCUCUCCCUGAUUUGUAACACCCUGAGCGGGCUGGCUCUGCUGCAGGCCAGGCUCAGCUCCCAGGGCAUCAGGACAAACACUACAGCAGCACCAGGACGAUAUGGAAGAACCUCCUCCUCUCCCCUACGCUCGCUGGAUGUAGAGAUGAUGGCCCAGUUGACAGUGAUCACGAUGGUGUCCUGUGUGUGCUGGAGCCCCUUUCUAAUCUCCAUCUCUCUGCUGGUGGGUCAGUUCUGCCGCGGCGGGCGAGGCUCCAGCCACACAGUACGUCAGUCAGAGAAGCUGGUUCUGUUGGGCCUCCGCAUGGCCACCUGGAACCAGAUCCUGGACCCCUGGGUCUACAUCCUGCUCAGACGGGCUGUGCUGCGCAGGGUCUUCCGCGUCCUCCAGCCAGACUCCAGGUCCACCCUGACACAGAGCAGCUCCUGCACUACAGCCUCACGCAGACAGGGGAUUGGACUACAUUGA